UCGGUGACAUCGCUUGUUCCGAUUUUGUUUUUCAUUUCCUUCUUCAGUGCAUUCUCUCUCUUUCUUCUUAUCUUGUUUCUCUCUCUUCUUCUCGCAUUGUUUUUCUCUCUCUCUUAAUACACACCGAACAACCCGCGACGGAGGCUCCGACCCGAAUCGGACGACUCGACUCCGGCUCCGGACACUUUCAUGUACUCCGCCCCCAAUCUCAUUUCGCUCCCAUUCUCACCUAUUUUCAUCUUCUAGUUUUCACCAUCGCCGAAUCUGUUUGGGAUUUUAGGGUUCUGAAGUUUCUGCGCCUAACCCUGGGGGAUAUUGAUUGGGAGGAAGGGGAAAGGAACCCGGGAUUAGGGUUUCCUCGGAAGCUUUGUUUUUAUAGGGAAAAAUCAAGAGGGUAUAUUUGGGACUAGGGAGAGGGUUAGGUUUAGAGGAUAAUGUGUAUACUGUGUGUUAUUCAGAAGUGGUCUCGCCGGGUUGCCACGAUGCUACCUUGGUUGGUUAUUCCGUUAAUUGGUUUGUGGGCACUUUCUCAGCUUCUGCCGCCUGCUUUUCGCUUCGAGAUUACUUCGCCUCGUCUGGCUUGUGUUUUUGUGUUGUUGGUUACUCUUUUCUGGUAUGAGAUUUUGAUGCCUUGGUUGUCGGCUUGGCGCGUGCGGAGGAAUGCACGGAUUAGGGAGAGGAAGAGGUUUGAGGCCAUAGAGAUGCAGAAGUUGAGGAAGACAGCUACUAGGCGGUGCCGCAACUGCUUGAGUCCCUAUAGGGAUCAGAACCCUGGUGGGGGUCGGUUUAUGUGUUUUAACUGUGGUCAUGUUUCUAAGAGACCGGUUCUAGACUUGCCUGUGCCUCCGGGGUUAGGGAUUUCCAAUUCCAGUAUAGUUAAGGAUUUGGUUGGAAAAGGUGGCAAGAUAUUAAAUAGCAAGGUAUGGUCUGAAAAUGGAUGGAUGUGCGGUCAGGAAUGGCUGGAGAAUGGCAAUUGGGUUGGUGGGUCUAUUCCAGGUAAUCCCAACAACUGGAGGACGAGUGAGAGUACUGGUCUUUUUGGAGGAGCCGAGCAUUGUUCGACUGAGAGGUCAUAUUGUGGUCUUUUAUUUUUGGUCUGCAAGCUUUUGACUUCGUUUUUCAAGAGCAUUAGAUGGCUCUGGAGAAAGGCUUUUAGAGUUAGUUCAAGAGAAGAAUGUUCAUCCGAUGCUGAACAUAGAGCAUUCUUGGCAAAGAGGGGUGAAAAUGGGGUGGGCCUCGGUGAAAGUAGAGGGGAAAAAGCGCGUAGGAAAGCUGAGGAGAAAAGACAGGCUAGGCUAGAGAAAGAGCUUUUGGAGGAAGAAGAGCGAAAACAGAGGGAGGAGGUUGCAAGGUUAGUGGAGGAGCGUAGGAAACUGAGAGAUGAGAAAGUGGAAGCAGAAAAAGAUCACAGCAGAUCAUCAAAUCCCAGUAAGGAUAAAGAGCGCAGGAAGGAAGCUGAAAGGAAGCGUCAGGAGAAAAGAAAAGAGAAAGACAAGGGUUCCAGUAAGAGCAACUCUGACGCCGAAGAACUGGAGAGAAGAGCUGGCAAGGAAAGUGAGCGGAAGCGGGACUUCGACAAAAAGAGCGAAAUGGAUCGCCGAGAGCAACAUAAAUCUGGGUUAGAGAGUGGCAAGGGACAGAAUAUGGACAAUGCACCUAAUAAAAAUGUCCCUGCAAACAAUUAUAACCGAGGAGGCACAGGAGCAAGGUAUCUUGACCGCAUGCGGGGCACUUUUUUGUCUUCUUCAAAAGCGUUUGGUUUCAGUAGGAGCAAUAAUAUUCCAAGUACUGUGGUGAAGGAAAACAAGUUUAAUAGUUCUGUAGAUCAUGUUCAUACUGCUCCCAGCCGGAGAGAAAUAUGUCCUCCUGAGCGUCCUGCUGCAAAAUCCAAUUUAAAUUGUGAUGAUAGGAUCACUCAAUCUGUACUCCCGGAAUCACAGCCAUGGAGCACAGCACCUAAAAAAUCAUGGCAGCAGUUAUUUACUCGAUCUUCAUCUGUUUCUCAAUCUUCGAAUUCCAAUGUAAUAUGCAGACCAAAUUCGAAACCUCAAGCAGAAACCAAAAGCCCUCAGUUGUCUGCCCAGUCACCAGUUACGCAAACAUUUACUAAUCCUAUUCAAUUUGGUCUUCCAUCACCAUUUAAUAUUUCUACCCAUGCAAGUGUACCAACUAGUAGUAGUCUAGGUUUUUCUCCUGCAAUUGAACCACUUUUUUCUCCUGUUGGAAAUACAUUGCAUGUCUUUCGACAAGAUGAACCGGAGCUUUUUGAAGACCCCUGUUAUGUUCCCGAUCCGGUGUCCUUGCUUGGGCCUGUUUCCGAGUCACUUGAUAAUUUUCAGUUGGACUUGGGAACUGGCUUUGGGACAGAGAAUGCAGUAACAAAGCCACACUCUUUGAAAAGCAUAUCUGCCAGUUCUGAUGUUAAUAAGCCAUCUCCGAUUGAGUCACCAUCAUCCCGGGAGAAACAGAGCUGUUCUAAUUGGUUUCCCAGUACCCCCAUGGGCCAAGACAGGCGUGGUUUUCCCCUGGAUGAUGCAGCUGCAAAUGAGAAGGGAACGUGGCAGAUGUGGAGUUCGGCUCCACUUGUUCAAGAUGGUUUAAGUAUAGUAGGUGGCCCAGGGAGCUGGCUGUUAUCCUCACAGAGGAACACACCAAACAAGGAUGAUUUUGUGGUUUCAUCUUCUCAGAAUGCUGUGGCUUCGUUUUUUAACAAAGAAGAUAGCAUAAUAUCCAGUAUCCAUUCUCCACAAAAUGUUUUUCUUCCUAAUGGCCAUAGUGGUGAGAACUUCAGCCCCGUUACUGGUUCGUCUGGAUAUGAUCCUUGGUCGCAAAGUGCUCUCUUCCCACCAUUGUCAGGUGGUCUUAUAGGUCAGGAGGCAGCCACCAAAAAUGAUAUGAUAUAUGGUAGCCCAAGUGAAUCUGCUAGUAGCCAUGGGCUUGAUGGUUCUCCGGCUAACUGUUGGUCCAAAAAGGAAUGGCAUGUAGAUGGUUCUGUUGAAAGCAUAGGGAAAUCAGCUGUUUCAAGGCCAUAUAGUGGAGGUCAACAGCCAACCUCGGAUGUACAGUCGUUUUGGUCAUUUGAUUAAAAAGAUGAUAGUGACAGGUUAUGAGGGAUUUGAUAAACAAACACAAGUGUUCUCUUGAGGCAAAUAGCCUCUUUUGGGGGACGAGUUUAGAAUACUGAACCCAUUGUAUCUUCCUUUCUUCUUUUUAAAGGAAGAUUGAUGUUUACAUAAUGUUAACAGCAUCAAUAGGAAUACAUGUUGGAUUGGAUGCACUCUGAGCAAGGUAACAAGAGAGGUUCUGGUGCCCUCAUUUCUUUGGAGAAUGGUGAUUCACAUUUCCAUGUUUCACGAUCUUCAAAUAUGUAUCAAUUGAUGUUCUUAAUCACAAAUUAACUCAUACUAACAUGACAAGCGGCCAA